CACCGCCGGACGCACGCCAGCGACCGCCCGCACAAAUGCGGCGAUUGCGGCAAACGUUUCGCCGGCGUGGCCGAGCUGGCGGCACACGGCCGGGGGCACACGGCCGAAAAACCAAAACCUCAUAAAUGCGGCGAUUGCGGCAAAGGCUUCGUUUGGGCCUCUCACCUCGCCCGCCAUCGGCGCGUUCACACCGGCGAGAAGCCGUACCGUUGCGCCGAAUGCGGCGAAGCUUUCAGCCAAGGAUCUCACCUCGCCAAACAUCGUCGCAGCCACACCGGCGAGCGGACCCAUCGCUGCCCGGCUUGCGCUCACCUCCUCCAACACCGCAAAACUCAUUCUCCCGACCGACCUUACAAAUGCGGCGACUGCGGCAAACGUUUCGGCGAAGUUCCCAAUUUCCUCGUCCAUCGCCGAGCUCACGCCGCUCAAAAAAGCUUCACCUGCGGCGAAUGCGGCAAAAGUUUCGCGUGGGCGUCCCACCUCGAGCGCCAUCGCCGCGUCCAUACCGGCGAGAAGCCCUACGAGUGUCCGGAAUGCGGCGAAGCUUUUAGCCAAAGCUCCCACCUCACCAAACAUCGCCGGAUUCACCUCUCCAAGGCUGUUUUUCCCCUCGUCCCCCAACCAUUGUCCCCUUCUAGGACCCAGUUAGUUGGGGACAAACCCAACGUCAUUGCGGGGUCGGGGAAAACACCCGGAAUUUGCGGCGGUGAGGAGCCGUGA